CUCGACAGGCGUCUGUCUAUCAGCGUGCCUUACGGUUGAUUCGCCGCCGCAGGCGCACCUGCCGAGUGCCGAGCUACCGAUGGAGAUGGCGUCGGCAGCUGUGUGAGGGGCCGUGGAGGCCCAGAACCCGGGCCCACGGGACUGGAAAGGCCUGCGUGCCUGCAGGAGGCCGGCCGGGUACAGAGGGUGCCUUACGAGUGUUAAGAACUCACCAUAUGUGGUCAAGUAAACAAUCAAGGUAAAGAGCAUCAAGUAAAAACUUCUGCUUGUUGAUAAGUACUUCAGACACUCCCCCAGUAGCUAAAGUGGCAUACGAAUUAUGAAGUUGAAUCAUUUGGAAUGAAUGUAAGAGAAUUGUCAAGGGCUCCUCCUAUUCCGGAGCGGGAACCUCAUCCAGGGCCAUGAAGCCGCUUCCUCACCAUCUGUGUACUGCUUGAUAAAGCUCAUGCUGCAGGAACCAUGGUUCCUUGGAAGGAAUCAAGCUGACUCUUGGCAUGAGAUCCCUGCCUUCUUAGGGUUGAGAAGGGCACUACCAUGGCUUCUCUGGACGACCCAGGGGAGGUGAGGGAGGGCUUCCUCUGCCCUCUAUGCCUGAAGGAUCUGCAGUCUUUCUAUCAGCUUCAUUCACAUUACGAGGAAGAGCACUCAGGAGAAGACCGUGAUGUCAAAGGGCAAAUUAAAAGUCUUGUCCAGAAGGCUAAGAAAGCAAAGGACAAGUUGUUGAAACGAGAAGGGGAUGAUCGAGCAGAAUCAGGGACCCAAGGAUAUGAGUCUUUCAGCUAUGGAGGGGUUGAUCCUUACAUGUGGGAACCCCAGGAGCUUGGUGCUGUGAGAAGCCAUCUUUCUGAAUUCAAAAAACACCGAGCUGCUAGAAUUGACCACUAUGUUGUGGAAGUCAAUAAAUUAAUAAUCAGGUUAGAGAAGCUCACUGCAUUUGACAGAACAAAUACUGAGUCUGCAAAGAUUAGAGCGAUAGAAAAGUCUGUGGUGCCUUGGGUCAACGACCAGGAUGUCCCUUUCUGUCCAGACUGUGGGAAUAAGUUCAGCAUCCGGAACCGCCGCCACCAUUGUCGCCUCUGUGGGUCUAUUAUGUGCAAGAAGUGUAUGGAGCUCAUCAGCCUUCCCUUGGCAAACAAGCUCACCAGUGCCAGCAAGGAGUCCCUGAGCACCCACACCAGCCCCAGCCAGUCACCCAACAGUGUCCAUGGCUCCCGCCGAGGCAGCAUCAGCAGCAUGAGCAGUGUCAGCUCGGUCCUGGAUGAGAAGGACGAUGACCGGAUUCGCUGUUGUACACAUUGCAAGGACACGCUGCUCAAGAGAGAGCAGCAGAUUGAUGAGAAGGAACACACACCUGACAUCGUGAAGCUCUACGAGAAAUUACGACUCUGCAUGGAGAAAGUAGACCAGAAAGCUCCAGAAUACAUCAAGAUGGCAGCAUCAUUAAAUGCUGGGGAGACAACCUACAGUCUGGAACAUGCCAGUGAUCUUCGAGUGGAAGUGCAGAAAGUGUAUGAGCUAAUAGAUGCUUUAAGUAAGAAGAUCUUAACCUUAGGCUUGAACCAGGACCCUCCACCACAUCCAAGCAAUUUGCGGCUGCAGAGAAUGAUCAGAUACUCAGCAACACUUUUUGUGCAGGAAAAGUUGCUUGGUUUGAUGUCGCUGCCGACCAAAGAACAGUUUGAGGAACUGAAAAAGAAAAGGAAGGAGGAAAUGGAAAGGAAGAGGGCCAUGGAGAGACAAGCUGCCCUGGAGUCCCAGCGAAGGCUUGAGGAAAGGCAGAGUGGCCUGGCUUCUCGAGCAGCCAACGGCGAUGUGGCAUCUCUCCGCAGGGGCCCUGCCCACUUGAGAAAGGCUGAGGGCUGGCUCCCACUGUCAGGAGGUCAGGGGCAGAGUGAGGACUCAGACCCUCUCCUCCAGCAGAUCCACAACAUCACAUCGUUCAUCAAGCAGGCCAAGGCUGCAGGCCGCAAGGAUGAAGUGCGCACCCUGCAGGAGAACCUGCGGCAGCUGCAGGAUGAGUAUGACCAGCAGCAGACAGAGAAGGCCAUCGAGCUGUCCCGGAGGCAGGCUGAGGAGGAGGACCUGCAGCGGGAACAGCUGCAAAUGCUUCGUGAACGGGAGUUGGAACGAGAAAGGGAGCAGUUUCGGGUGGCAUCCCUGCACACACGGACUAGGUCUCUGGACUUCCGAGAAAUCGGCCCUUUUCAGCUGGAGCCUAGCAGAGAGCCUCGUACCCACCUUGCUUAUGCUUUGGAUCUAGGCUCUUCCUCAAUUCAAAGCAGCAUAGCUCCCAAGACUCCUACACCCAGCUCAGCUCAAGAGCCCAUCAGAGUGUGGUCUGGGCCCUCAGCCCUUGGUCAGGAGCUCUUAACCCAGAGCAGCAUGUCACAGCAAAAUGAGGGGCCCUCCUUAAACCCCUUUGAUGAAGAAGACCUUUCCAGCCCCGUGGAAGAGGGCACUGCUAGUCCUCCUGCUGCAGGGGCUUCCUUCGGUCCUUCAGCCCACAUCCCGAAAGAGUACAAUCCUUUUGAGGAAGAGGAUGAGGAGGAGGCAAUGGCUGGGAAUCCAUUCAUUCACCGAGACAGCCCAGCUCCUAACCCCUUCAACGAGGAAGACGAACAUCUCCAGCAGAGGCACUCAAGCCCUCUGGUUCCUGGCAACCCCUUUGAGGAACCCACCUGUACCAACCCCUUUGAGAUGGACAGUGACAGUGGGCCAGAGGCUGAGGAGCCCAUAGAAGAGGAGCUCCUGCUGCAGCAGAUUGAUAACAUCAAGGCAUACAUCUUUGAUGCCAAGCAGUGCGGCCGUCUGGAUGAGGUAGAGGUGCUGACGGAGAACCUGCGGGAGCUGAAGCACACCCUGGCCAAGCAGAAGGGGGGCACUGACUGACCAGCAAUGGGGAGGGCACCUUUGGGCCCAGGGGUCUGGCAGGAGCCAGUGGAGCAGGAGCAGAGCAGGUGGGAUGGAUGGGGAAGGUGGUGGGGUGAGAACUCAGAUGCACACUGUUGUGCUCUUUGAGGUAUUUCCACUACAGUUGAAUAAUAAAAUAGAAACUAGAACAGGGA